AUUUUGCUUUUGGGCUGCACAGCAGGGCAGGGCCACACAGUCACUGAAGAGCUGCUGCCGCCGCUGCAGCAGGACGGGAUGGUGCUUUGAGGACCACUGUACCAUGCAGUCCACCAUGAAUUUCAAUGGACUUCAUCGCCGGGGCAGCGAGGACAAUUACAUCCUGGACAAUACUCACAGGAAGAAAAGUUCUCUGUGGUCCCGGCGUUCACUGAGGGGGAACAAUGAUCGACACCGGCAGAGCACAAGCUCCCUGCCCAGAGGGUGCAAGCCCAAACAAACCUACACCAACUCGCUGGUCGAUUACUGUGACCCACAAAGGACCACGAUUGCCCUGGAAAAGCAAGACAAUGAAACAUUUGGGUUUGAAAUUCAGACCUAUGGCCUGCAGCUGAAGAACAGCUCUGCGGUGGAGAUGUGCACUUUCGUGAGCAAGGUGCAGAAGGACAGCGCAGCCGAGAGUGCUGGCCUGACCGCAGGCGAUGUUAUCGUCACAAUCAACGGGGUCAGCAUCGAAGGGUCCUCGCAUCAGGACGUACUCGGUCUGAUACAAGAAUCCACCAACAGUCUAAAGAUGGAAACUGUGUGUGGGAAUGUAGUGAAGCAGAUAGAGCUGGAGAAGAGGAUGACCCUGCUCAAGCAAUCAUUACGUGAGAAACUGCUGGAGCUGCAAGCGCUCACAUUACAGGAAAAGCGCCUGACGCGAGGUGACUUCAACGACAGCAGCUUCCACCUCUCGAUGGACUCGUCGCUGAUGGGCUCCCCCACGGGCCACUGUGGCCGGCGAUUCUCCAGCGAGAGCAGCUACAGGAGUGCGGCGACAGAUGACAGUGACCAGGCCAGUGUGUUCGGGGAGGGGUGCUCUCCGGCCCCCUGCAGUGCAGCCAGCUCCACAGACGACAACUGCUUCUUCCCCAGAGACUUCCCCCCACCGGACAGCUCCGGCAGGUUUGCACCGAGCUCCGGCCUUCACCACCACCACCAUCACACCCUGAGCCGCUCCAGCAGCUCCAGUUUCGCCGGCAGCAGCAGCAGCUCCCUCUCGCCUUCGUGGGAGGAGACGCGGAUCUCCUCCUUGUUCGGGACCCUGCCCAGGAAAGGCAGGCGAGCCAGUGUUCGCAAACACAUCCUCAGGUUGAUCCCGGGACUCCAACGAUCAGUCGAAGAGGAGGAGACGGGGACGAACGCCCAGUGACUCUGUUGUUCACCUGCUCCUCGUCUCUACUUGAUACUAAGGGUUAACAGGGUUUUUAAUGCUGUGAGACUUUGCAGUGAAGUGUAAACACACACACACACUUGGGUUCCGGUUGAAACUUAAAAAUAAUAAGUGUUUGCUUUAGUGGAGACACAGAGAAGACACUCUGAAGAGGUGAGCCUGGCUCACUGCUUUAUCUUAGACUAAUGGCACAAAUGCAUUAUAAAAAUGUAAAGUGUUUGAAUGAAUGUAUGCAUCAGAUUGUAAUGUCUAAAAAACAAAAUUAUAUAUAUAUAUAUAUUUCCUACUUGAAUAAAUACAUUUCUCAUGUUAUAAUCA